AUGAAUCGUUCAACCUCCCCACCUCCUAAUCCAUUCUCAGAUUCCCCUUCCCUCUCUCCAGCUCCCACCCCACCUCCACACGCUCACACCGAUAACUCUCGACCCGUGUCCCCUUCUUCCGGUAUCCCAUCAUCCGCAGGCUCCCCAUCUUCCAUCGCUGGACAUCUCAAGAAACCAUCUUCGUUAAUCAGCGCAGCAAGCGGUUCCCCUCCUCCAACCCAUCGAGCGAGCUUUCCAGAUCCAUCGAAAUUACCUAGAAAUAGUUCUGGUAAUCUGACGAUCAACGGACCGAAAGUCAAGACUGGCUAUUGCUGUGAAAAGGAUAAGGAGAUUGUGUUAGGUGAAGAAGUUCAUAUUGUAGAUGCGUUCAAGACUACAGAAGGUGGGAAAGCGAGUUAUAUAACUUAUGUGAUUCAAUUGGGCACCCAUACCACACGUAGACGAUACUCUGCAUUUUUAUCACUCCAUCAAGCGUUGACGGGAUUAUACCCUGUCCUGAUCAUCCCCCCAAUCCCUUCGAAGCAGUCUCUGACGGACUAUGCGGUGAAAGGACAAACGAAAGCUAAGGAAGAUGCUACGGUCAUAGCUAGACGUAAAAGAUUAUUGGAAGAUUUCUUGAGGAGGGUACUAAGACAUCCUAUUUUAGGUGGAGAACAUAUCGUACAUCGGUUCCUAGAGGAUGGAGUUAGCUGGAACGAAGUCCUACAUUCACCACCCAUCUCGCUCCUUCCUAAGAACCCUUUACAUGCCCCCUCUCACAACCCGACUUUCCAACCUGCUUCACCCACCUCCGAUCAACCUUCGGCAUCCACUGCAGCAGGGGGAGGAAGUACAUCAACAUCAUAUAUAGCUCAUCAUCUUUUACCUACCCCUUCACCUUCCCAUCCAUUGAAAAAGCCCGAUCAGCGAUUCAUAGAUUCUGAAGUGUUCACCGAGAAAUUCCAAAAUCAUUUCACGGGAACAAUGGAAAAGGUAAAUCGAAGAGUCACAAAAAGAUGGACGGAACGUGCGGGAGAUAUGAGCGAAUUAGGUGCAGUGUGGAAUGGGUUUAGUUUGGUCGAACAAGGUAAAUUAGGUGAGGCGGUGGAGAAAGUUGGUCAGGCUGUUGAUCAGGAGUAUCUCGCUACUGCUGCUUUGCUUCAAGCAUGGGAACGAACUACCACCGAACCCCUACAUAUCUACAGUCAAUUCGCAUCGUUGAUCAGACAAAGGUUGUCGUUUAGACAUCAGAAACAUGUCCAAUAUGAACUCGUACAAGAAGCUUUGGAGACUCAGAAAGAUAGAUUGGAGUUACUUGAAAAUGCCGAAAGGGAAGCGAGGAGGUUAGAAGAAGCUUUGGAACGUGGUGGUAGAGGAUUAUCAUCUUCUACUUCGGCUUCUCAAUUUGAUUCUCCUUCAAUAAAUGCUACUCAACACCAGCCGGAGGAAUAUCGAUAUCAACAGGAAGAAAGAAGAGCGAGGACCAGUACGAGCACAGGUCAGGGCUUUGGGUUGUUGUCCGCUGUGAAACAUAGUUUGAGUGGGAUGAUGGAUGUUGAUCCUGAAGCUACGAGGAGAGCUAAUAUUGGAAAGACCAGAGAUAACAUCUCUCAGCUCGAAGACUCUCUGCAAGCAUCGGCUCAAGACCUGAAAUACGCUUCUACCACCUUACAAGCAGAUCUGGAUCGGUUCCAAAGGCAGAAGGUGGCAGAUCUGAGAAAUCUGGCUAUCCAGCUAUCCAAAGUCCACAGAGAGUGGUGUAAGCAGAAUCUCGAAGCAUGGCAAGCUGCUCAAGCUGCUAUUCGCGAGAUUGACAACCACCCCAACCAGCCGCCAGCUCAAGCUCAACCUGCCCAACAAGACACCCUAGGUGAACCAAGUGCAAGUGAGCAGACAACUUCUGGCACCAUGGGAAUGGGUAAUAUGAGAUCUGAGAUUGAAAGAGUCGAAGCUGCCAAUAAACCAUUACCUUUACCUGAAAGGGAUGAAGUGGAUACGCCUUUUGAUGAGAAUGGAGAGGAGGAGAACAAAGGUAAAGGUAAAGAGAAGGCGAAAGAGAAGGAAGGUCCGUUAGGUCCGUUGUAA